AUGAACAACCCACGCCGACAACCAAACGCCAACAUCCCCCACCCAGCCACCUUCCUCUGGGCCCACGAGCUCCGACGCGAAAACAUCCAACUCGUGAAUCAAUUCAACAUCAUCAGAACCGACCUCGCUGUUGCCAAUGAUACCAUAGCGAAUCUGAAUCACAAGCUUGAACGUCUAGAUUUACGAGCACGCGAAGAAAAUGCUAAACUAGAGAAUAGCCUCAAGGAACUUGAAGCUCGAUUCGACACUAAUCUACGAACUGGUAUUGAGCGGGUUGAGGAACUUGAGAAUGAGAAUCGUCGGUUACGGGGUAGGAUUGAUGGGUUGGAGAGUCGUGCUCGUGAACAAGAGAGAAUGGAGGAGGGUAUUCGCGUGAGGGUGCUGGAUGAGGUGAGAGAGAUGUUGAUGGAACGGGGAGGGAGUGGAGGGAGAGGGGAUGUUGUCAAGGCUUGUUCUGCUGGGUCUGAUGUUCUUGUUCCGGAUUCCAUGCCUAUGGGUUCGGUUCCUGGUGUUGUCGGGAGGAGUGGGUUGUCGUCGACGCUUUCUGAUACUACGUGGGGGACGCCUUCCUCGGUGGGUGAGGAGAAGACUGAGGAAUAUGGGUCGGAUUUGGAGGGUGCUUUGAAGCAAGGUGGGAGAUCGUUGGCUGAUUAUUUGGUUGCUGCUGAGGGGAUGAGAUGUGGAUUGCGGGCACAGAGGGAUGAGGGUGAGGUUGUCAGAGCUGUUGUACGGGGUCUCGAUGAUUCUGGCAUCCAGGCUUUGAUCGAGGAAGAGAUGAACAACGCUGGGUGGUCUUGGAGUGCUUUGAGGGAUGUCAUGCUGAAGGUUACUGAGGACAGGGAAAUGCCUAUACAAGAGCCAGUCAAGGAAAGCGAAACGCGUAAUGGAAAUGACAAACUCGAGUCGACAAGUGUUUCGCAGGUCCAGCGCAAAAGGCCGAGAACGAGAAGGUCCAUACCCAUUGUACCAGCUGAUGAAGAGGACGAACGCAUUGUUAUGGAAAUGUACCGCCGUUGA